CAUGCCCGGCGAUGAGGACGAGGAUGACCGCGGCAGGGCAUCGUCGUCUUCAUUGCCCCGCCUCCCGCCAGAGAUUGUCGAGGAGGUCGUCUCACACCUGUCGGCGGGCACGAUCCAGGGCGAUGCGGCCAGCGUGAGCGCGCUCCACGCCCUCGCCCUCGUCAACAAGGCCUGCCGCCACUGGGCGCUCCGGACCGAGUACGACGUCGUAGUGCUGCCGCGCCACGUCCGCCAGUUCCGGCAGUGGUACGCCAAGGUCCGUGGGGGGCACCCUCCCUACCAGGCGGCCGGCUAUGCGCGCUGCCUCUUUUCGGCCCUCGACGACGUGUCGCGCCUGACGACGACGUCGGCCGGCUGGGAGGCCGAGCUGCUCCGGCUCCUCCACCACCUUGGCCCGCACCUGAACCACCUCUCGCUCUGGCAUGCCGAGUCCCGCGCGCUGCUCAGAGACCCGGCCCAGGUCAGGGGCCCGCGCUUCCGGAACCGCGUGUCGAUUCGGUCGGUGCAGGACGCCAUUGAUGCGACGAUCAAGCGUCGUCAGCGGGUCGAGAGGAGUCUCGCGCUACAACGAGAGCUGUCGUUGAGCGAGCAGCGAGGUGGUGGCCGGAUAGACUGGAGUGCCGUGACGCUCAAGCGAGGCGGUGGUGGUGAGGUGCUCGGCAGCACUGCACCUGGAGGAGCAGCUUCUUCCUCGUCCACCUCGACGACUAGCGAACUGGAAAAGUCAGAGAUUGCAGCGGCAAAGGAGCGGGCGAGACAAAAGAUGCCCAAUUGGCUGAGACUAGAGAUCCAGCGUGAGACCGAAAAGGCACAGAAGACGAGGAGCGAGGAUCCAAACGAGGCCGACAAGGCCCUCGAGGAGGUGAGGCGGCGGUACAAGGCCCACCUGAGCUUGGACCCGAGGGAGUAUGCGCAUGAAAAGCGGGCAUACAUGCGUCUCGAUGAAGGACAGAAUGGCGGGGACGGGGAAGAGAAAGUUGCGGAGAAGGAAAAGAGCGCUGGACUGCAUUCACCAUCCUCGUCCUCUUCAUCUUUGUCCUUGUCGUCAUCCUCGGCUUCAGACGAAGAAGAGCAAGAGGGAAAAGAAGAGAAGAAGGAAGAGGUUGACGAGGAGCACUUCUUUCUGGAGUGGGGCUGCAUGCCCAAGAAGUUGAGCUUGUGCGCGGUGCUGCCCCUCUACGAGCACGAGGACCCGCUCAACUUCAUGCGCAUGCAGAUCUUCACGAGGGUCGAGGACCUCGAUGUCUUCAUCUCUGUUCCAGCCCAGGUGCCCCGGGUAUUGGAGCUCUUUUCCUCGCUGGAGGGCUCGCCUAUCCGCCGGCUGCGCUUCUCGUCGGUGUAUGCGACUCUGGUCAUGGCCAUUGCGCCAUUCUCGAGUGCUGACUUGGACAAGCCGCGCGACGACAAGAUCAAUCUGUGCACGGGCCUCCAGGCCAUUCUCAAGAGCGAGGCUCUCAACUCGACGCUGCAAAACGAAUUUACAAAUAGGCCCAUGGAGAACGUCGGCCUGCUCGAACGGGCCCUGGUUGGUGCAGUCCUGGCUGCCAGCCGAGGGGAUCUGGCCUUUGACGAGCGACUGCGUCGUGGAAAGGGUCUCUCUUCGACACUCUUCGUGCCAGAGGGCAGCGGUCAUGAUGAAGACGCGCGCGCAGAAAAGGUCAGGGUACGGGUCAUCCAGGGCAACCAGGCGCACUGGGGCAAGCUCAAGAACCGUAAAGAUGACUUUCUCAACCAGGCUCUCGGUGGCCAGGGCGCUUGGGAGAAGCUGGGCAUGUGGGAUCGAUGAUGCGAGUAAAUCUAUAAUCUCUCUCUUUUGAAAGCCACAGCAAGGAGCCAAGUGUGCUGAAAAUCAGUCCGAUUUCAUUGGUCGAUCUCGCCUUUGGGCUGCACGGCUUACGAAUAGAUAAGAAUUUUUAUCCAAU